UCCCUCCCGGCGUGAGAUGCUGGGGUUCCGGUUAAUUAAGCUCGCUCCUUCUCCCGCGCGGAGGGGUUCAGUGCUACUACAGAGGGACUCAGUGGCGGUAGGAACGACAGACUCAGACUCACUCAGACUCGGACCCAGGCAACAUGAGCGCUGAUCUCCCCGACAUAGAGGACAUGAAGGAGGUGUUCGAUUUGUUCGACUUCUGGGACGGGCGGGACGGACUGAUAGACGCUGUCAAGGUGGGAGACCUCCUCCGGUGCUGCGGACUCAACCCAACGAACGCACUCAUCUACAAGAACGGGGGAACCAAAAAAUCCGGUGAGAAACAGUACAACAUGGAGGAGUUCCUGUCCAUCGUGCGACAGGUGGUGAAGGAGCGAGACACGGGCUCCUACAAGGAGUUCAUGGAGGCAUUCAAAUCUUUCGACCGGGAGGGACAGGGCUACAUCUCCCUGGGAGAGGCAAGGCACGUGCUAACAGCCAUGGGUGACCGCCUGACAGACGAGGAGUUGGAGGACAUUCUACAGAGCAUCGACUUGGACGUGGACUACGAAGGCAACAUCAAAUAUGAGGACUUUAUCAAGAAAGUGAUGAAGGGGCCACCGGAGGGGAAACCUGAGUUCACAUAUUGAAGAGAAACGGUCUUGGGGUAAAGAGUCGAACUGCGCCACUUCAUUCACCAACAAAGCACGUGCAUUCUGUAGUAUGACGGCGGAUUUUGUGUGUAUUACACCAGUACAUUGUUCUACAGUCCGUGUUUCCACGUAUUGCCGCCAUUGUUUCAAUCGUGUAUCUCUGUAUCAUUCUAAUUUUACCGGUAUAUGUAAAGGAUUAUCAUAGGACCAUGUGACAAAUGUAUUUGUAUUUUUGUAUAUGCUGUAUGUUGUACUUUGUUUCAUAUACAUGUAUUUGUUUAAUAUAAAUUCAUACACACGU